AUGUUUUCGAGGAAUAGUAAAGUUGCUUCUUUUAUCGAAAAAGAUUCUUUUAUGCUUAAUCAUUAUGAAAAGUCUCCAUUUGUUUCACUUAAUCAUGCAGUUGAAGUAUUGCUACCUUAUCAUAUUUAUGCUAAUCCUUUAGAAGAUUUAAAAUUCCUUGGUGCCUUAAAUGAAAUAGAUUUAAGACAAGAAAUAGAUAUCAUGGCAGACAAUUUUACUAAAACAGUCAUUGAUGUUCAACCUAAAAUAUCAUUUACAGCACAACUUAUUUUAUUACAUGAAAAAGUCUAUUUUUCUAACAAAUUAGAAUCUUCUAAGGUACCUUUAAUAAAGAAAAGAGAAUUAAGGAAAACCAGACCUAAGUAUAUCAAGAAAAGAGUUGCUAAAAAGGGAGUUUUUCUUAGAUUUAAGUAUUGUAAAAGUCUCUUUAUUUAUGGAACGAUAACUAAAACUAAAAUUCAUAUGAAGUCUUCUCAUUUUGAAUAA